ACUUUGAUUUACUUUACCACGUAUAUGUAUGUACUCUCUCGUUUUCUAAUUCCUUAUUCGACUAGAGCUUUAUCUUCCACUUUCACCACUCACCUUAUAGACAGUAGCCCUCAUCAGUUUUCUCCCUGCAGUUUCCUUUUCGCUACUCGAAAUAACACCACAAAGAGAAGAAUUUCCGACGGUGAUAGUGAGAUCAAUGGCGUCUGGUGGCCAAACAUUCCCACCCCAGAAACAGGAAACUCAGCCUGGCAAAGAACAUGCCAUGGACCCCACUCCUCACCAUUCUAGCCAGGAUUAUAAGCCUGCCAACAAGCUUCGAGACAAGGUAGCGCUGGUGACAGGAGGCGAUUCUGGCAUAGGACGAGCAGUCUGCCAUUGCUUUGCCCUAGAGGGCGCAACCGUGGCCUUCACUUACGUUAAGUCUCAAGAAGAGAAAGAUGCGCAAGACACACUUGAAUUGCUAAGACAAGCCAAAGCUGCUGAUGCAAAGGAUCCAAUGGCGGUGCCGAUUGAUUUAGGAUUUGAUGACAACUGCAAGAAGGUGGUUGAUGAGGUUGUGAAUUCCUAUGGGCGAAUUGAUAUUCUGGUGAACAAUGCUGCAGAGCAGUACGAGGCUACCUCUGUUGAGGAGAUCAAUGAGGAGAGGCUUGAGAGAGUCUUUAGAACUAACAUCUUUUCUUACUUCUUUGUCACUAGGCAUGCUUUGAAACACAUGAAGGAAGGUAGCAGCAUAAUAAACACAACAUCAGUGACUGCAUACAAGGGGAAUGCCAAGCUUCUUGAUUACACAGCUACAAAGGGUGCAAUAGUUGCAUUUACUAGAGGACUUGCUCUUCAGCUUGUUGAGAGGGGAAUACGUGUUAAUGGCGUUGCCCCUGGUCCAAUUUGGACACCACUGAUUCCUGCUUCGUUUACUGAAGAGGAAAGUGCGAAUUUUGGGAAACAAGUGCCAAUGAAAAGGGCUGGUCAGCCUAUAGAGGUGGCCCCUUCGUAUGUUUUCCUAGCUUCUAGCCCUGAAUCCUCCUAUAUAACUGGCCAAGUCAUCCACCCUAAUGGUGGGACCAUUGUCAAUGGUUAAAGCCUCUUUGCGAGUCUUAUCGUCGGUUUCAUGCAAAGCUGGGAUCCGUUUUGUGAUAGUUUUAAAUGUACGAAGUAUGUGUUUGUAUGUUUUGUACCAUGGUUCUUGAGUGGCGUCAAUAAAAUAAUACUCCACUUCUCUCUUCAA